AUGGCUGCCUACGCUCUGUCAGAUGCCCACCGGGCUCAAAUGGAGGAUCGCCUCGUAUCUUCCGACCCCGAGGUUGCUAAGAUCAUGGAAAAUGAGAUCCAACGUCAGCGUGAAUCCGUUGUCUUGAUUGCCUCUGAGAACUUCACCUCCCGCGCUGUCUUCGAUGCCCUUGGUUCUCCCAUGUGCAACAAGUACUCCGAGGGUUACCCCGGUGCUCGUUACUAUGGUGGAAACCAGCACAUCGAUGCCAUUGAGCUUCUGUGCCAGGCCCGUGCUCUCAAGGCUUUCAACCUCGACUCCGACAAGUGGGGUGUUAACGUCCAGUGCCUGAGUGGUAGCCCGGCCAACUUGCAGGUCUACCAGGCCCUCAUGCGUCCCCAUGACCGUCUCAUGGGUCUCGACCUUCCUCACGGUGGCCAUCUGAGCCACGGUUACCAGACCCCCGCCAGAAAGAUUUCCGCUGUCUCUACUUACUUCGAAACCUUCCCCUACCGCGUCAACCUCGAGACCGGUAUCAUCGACUACGACACCCUCGAGGCCAAUGCCGAGCUCUACCGCCCUAAGUGCUUGGUCGCUGGUACUUCCGCCUACUGCCGUCUGAUUGACUAUGCCCGCAUGCGCAAGAUCGCUGACAAGGUCGGCGCCUAUCUCAUUGUGGACAUGGCUCACAUCUCCGGUCUGAUUGCUGCUGGCGUUAUCCCCUCUCCCUUCGAGUACGCCGAUGUUGUCACCACCACUACCCACAAGUCUCUCCGUGGUCCCCGUGGUGCCAUGAUCUUCUUCCGCAAGGGUGUACGCAACACCGACCCCAAGACCGGCAAGGACAUCCUGUAUGACCUCGAGGGCCCCAUUAACUUCUCCGUUUUCCCUGGCCACCAGGGUGGUCCCCACAACCACACCAUCACCGCUCUUUCUGUUGCGCUCAAGUACGCUGCCACCCCUGAGUUCAAGCAGUACCAGGAGCAGGUGAUCAAGAACGCCAAGGCUCUUGAGGAAGAGUUCAAGACCCUGGGCCACAAGCUCGUCUCCGACGGUACCGACAGCCACAUGGUUCUCUUGGACCUUCGCCCCAAGGCCCUGGAUGGUGCUCGUGUCGAGGCCGUUCUUGAGCAGAUCAACAUUGCUUGCAACAAGAACUCCAUCCCCGGUGACAAGUCUGCCCUUACCCCCUGCGGUAUCCGUAUCGGUGCCCCCGCCAUGACUAGCCGUGGCAUGAGUGCGGAGGACUUCAAGCGCAUCGCUCACUACAUCGACAAGUCGAUCAACAUCUGCAAGUCCGUCCAGGCUGAGCUCCCCAAGGAAGCCAACAAGCUUAAGGACUUCAGGGCCAAGGUCGCCUCCGAGACCGUCCCUGAGAUCCUCAACCUGCGCAAGGAGGUCGCCCAAUGGGCCAGCUCCUUCCCUCUCCCCGUUUAA